GUCCAAUAGUUGAAGAUCUUGCAAAUCAAUUUAUAAUCAAAAUAAAAUCGAUUUCGGUACAGGGUCAUACAGCGUAAAGUUUGUUUUCUAACAAUUCUGUGACCGCGGUUUGAGUGAGUCUUGUCGGUGUUGCUCAACACGCGGCGACGCAGACGCAGAUUAGGUGUGCGUCUGUGCGUGCGCGGUCUCCGCACUCCGCAGGUCCGCGCCCUUCGUUACGUUUGUCACAAGUCCUUGCGCGAGAAAUGUCUGAGCUAUUGUCUUGGCAUUGGCCGGCCAGUCAGCCGCCGACUCCCGACGGAGCUACACGUGCAGUUAUAUUAAAUCCACGCAACAUAAACGAACACACGUGCUUAAUUACGAAAUCGAAGCUGUGUCAAACUAGUGUAAAAUAAUAUAAAAGCAAAUUUUUAUACAGUCUACUCGAAGUGCAUUUAAUUUACGUGAAUGUGUUAAUGUUCAACAGUAAGUAAAGCAUGCUCGUAUGCAAAUUGAAAUAAUUUCGGAAUAUUGCACUGCGUUGUCUGCCAAGCCGGUCUGUCAAGUUGGAACCAAAUCAUUGAAUGAAACCUUCAAUCACAGCGAAGAACUGCACUUCUAGUAAGACAACCAGUACAAGUGUGAUAAUACAUAAAUCAAUAUGGAGCAUCGAAUACUAGCCGUGGUGUACGCCGUCCUGUCCUUGAUAACAACAGGAGUAUCAUCGCUACAAUGCUACCAGUGCCUGAUCAACCCGCCCCCGGGCCACUACUACAACACCACGAAGCGGCUCUGCGUUCAUUUCGACCACUCUGACAAAUUCAUAGUGGACUGCCCGUAUUCUACAAUGUGCAUGAAGCAAGAGUUCCAUCUCGAUAUACAAAACGGAGUGAGAAUAAAUGGCAUUCUCCGCGACUGCGCGCCUCAGAAACACGAGUACCAGGAUUACAAGAAUGGAAGGUGGUCACCGAAAAUGGAGAUAUUGGAACCUUAUGAGGAGGGUUGCUUGAAUGUAGACGACAAGGGCGAAAGAAGUACUCCUACUAGAUACUGCUACUGCCGAAGUAAUUUAUGCAACGCAUCACCAACGACUAGCCACGAAGGUUACACGGAUAUUAUGGGUGUGAUUGUAGUUUUCAAUCUCAUGAAAUACAUCAACAGUCUAAGGUAGUAGCAACAGGAAUGCUUAGGGAAUUGUAAUGUUACGUCAAGUUGCCGAAACACAGACUAGUAAGAAAAUGGAGGGAUUAAGCAAAUGUGAGAGCGAGAGGGGAAUACAAAUGUGAUAAAUAUAUUCCAUAAAAUUGUGUAGAAGUAUUCUCGUUUAAAGGUAUUACCACAACGUGACGUCAUAACGUGCGAAUGUAUUUGCUCUACUACUCCGUGCAGGCAACAUCCCGCAAUAUUUUGUGAUAUAUUAUAAAGGGUAUUGUGACUUUUAUUUAAGACAUUUAAGUAAUUUUUGUAUAUUAAAGAGGUAUUAAUUUAAUACUAUAAUUUAC